AGUCCAAGAGCAACUGGCCCAAAUCGCAAGAAUCAAAGAACUUUUCGAUUUUCAUCGCUUGAGCUUGCUCAAGUUUACUUCAUAAUCUGCACUUUUCUUUUUCAUGAUUCGUAUGAAUAUAUUGGCGAAAGUACCAUAGAAUAAUCAGAGUUAAACCCUCGGUUGAGAAAUUGAAAUUAAAAACCCUAAUUUGAUCCAAAACAGAGAUUGGGAACAAUGCCACAAGUGAAGAUAGUGGCCAGGAAUUUCAUGGACAUGGUGGCUUCAUUGCCUGCAGUGAAGCUCGACAUGCUCUACGACAAUUCCUUUAUCUGUGAAGCCAUCCUCAGAUCGUUACCUCCCUUAGCAAAGAAGUAUGUGCUACAAUUGUUGUAUAUAGACAUACCAAUCUCGGCCAAGUCAAUGGAGGAGUCGGUGCUUCCAGAUGGAUUCUCAAAGCAUAAAGUUGCCAUUGAUAGAUUGAUACAGCUGAGGGUAAUGACGGAAACAUUUGACAGGAAGAAGGAAGCCAUGUAUCAAUUAAGUCCAAAAUUUCAAUUUAAUCUUCAGAAGCAUAUAGUCCAUGGUGGAGUCUUACCAAGGGAACCAAUGCCUUCUAAUAUCACUGUGAGGCUUCCUAGCUUGGAGGAGUUAGAGGCAUAUGCUGUUGAACAAUGGGAGUGCUUUCUGCUGCAUCUUAUAAGCUCCAGUGAAGCUGGAAAGACCACAAACAUAAGCUCUUCAAUGAUGAAAGUUUUCCAGCGUGGCCUUUUAAGUCAGAGAGAUGACAGGGAACCUCCAAGGUUGACUGAAAGUGGGUUCCAGUUCCUGCUGAUGGACACAAAUGCACAGCUUUGGUACAUCAUCAGGGAGUACAUAACAAAUGCUGAGGAGCGAGGUGUGGAUUCAGCAGAUCUUAUUGCAUUCCUGUUGGAGCUAAGCUUUCAUGUUACUGGCAAGGCAUACAAUACAAACACAUUAACUGAUAUCCAGCGAAGUAUAACUAAGGACCUUUCAGAUUUGGGACUGGUCAAGCUGCAGCAGGGAAGGAAAGAGAGUUGGUUUAUUCCCACCAAACUUGCCACCAAUCUGUCAAUUAGCUUAGCAGAUACAACGUCCAGGAAACAGGGAUUUAUCGUUAUUGAAACAAACUUCAGGUUGUAUGCAUAUUCAACAUCAAAAUUACACUGUGAGAUCCUACGCCUCUUUGCAAGGGUGGAGUACCAGCUUCCAAAUCUCAUUGUCGGUGCUAUUACAAAAGAAAGUUUGUAUAAAGCUUUUCAAAAUGGCAUUACUGCUGAGCAGAUAAUUUCUUUCCUUCAGCAGAAUGCCCAUCCUAGGGUUGCAGAGAGGAUACCAUCCGUGCCAGAGAAUGUUACUGAUCAGAUUAGAUUGUGGGAAUCAGAUCUGAAUCGGGUUGAGAUGAUGCCCGCCCACCUCUACGAUGAAUUCCCUUCUAGAGAUGUCUUUGAGGCUGCAUGUGAUUUUGCCAGGGAAUAUGGAGGAUUACUGUGGGAGGACUCUAAGCAAAUGCGCAUCAUAGUUAAGGCUGAUAUUUUGACAGAGAUGAAGGAAUUCCUUCGUCGUCAAAAGCAAUAGCUCAUUAUUUUUUGAUGGCCUUCAUUUUAUACGGCAAGGAAGAUUGAUGAGGGUUGUUACUGCUAAUAUUUUUUAACUGGUUGCCGCGCUGUAGAUGAAUUUUGCUGCGGGUGUAUCUUUUUAUUGCGCUUCAGCUGCCUUCUUUCUUAUUAAAAAUUUGGGGUUUAAACAUUAUUGAAGAAAAGUGCUGUCGAAUGAUUGUUGGUCAACCUAGAUUAGAAAUAUCUUUGAUCAAAGGAAACCAAAAAUGCUACAUGAUAUUACAGAUAAUCUUUCCCUUG